UGUGUUGCUGCUAUCUCAAACCCCAGCAUGCAAGCACAGCACUCAAUUUGAUACGGCCUCUAAGUAGGAAGUCAGAGACAUAACCUUAGUAUGUUGGUCUACACUACCUGAACAAAGAAGGGUUCAGUUUCCCAGAAGCAUAGUGAAUACUGAAAAUAUAGUAAUCUGAAGAAUUACAAUUAAUAAUCUGAAGAAGUUCAGAUUAUAGAGUCAUUAAGUGUCUGUCCUCAACAGGGCAUAUAACUUUAUCUAUCAAAUUACAGUGACAGUGGAUAAGAACACACAAUGCACAUAGCUAACUUUCCCCAUACUAGCUCUUCUUAUGUGCCCAAUAUGUUAACUCUAAUGGCUUAUUUAUUUAUUUAUUUAUUUAUCUAUUUAAAAAAAAAAAAAGUGUGUGCCAACCAAAGAGCUCACAACCCAUAAGGCAACAAGUGCCUUGUAGCCAUAAUGUGGUAAUAAAAGUUGAUACAUUUUCUGAAUGCAGUUUAGAUCUGAAAGACAGAACUGGGAGGGUUUAAAGCCUGCAGCAUAUCUGCCUGCAACUUCCAGGCCCUGGGGUUACCAAGGUUUACUAGAGUGUUCACUGUUGCUGAUUCCAUAGUCAUACUCUAAAAAAAAAUAGAUCAAUAUUGCAAGUAGCACAGAAAAUGCUAUGUUAUUUCUGCUUGUCCAAAGAGUCUCAAUUCCCUGGCACUGGGUUGGAUUCAGUGAGUGUGAGGCUAACCAACCCAAGAAUCACAGUCAGAAUCUCUGCAGGACUCUCCCUGAUGUUUAGAUGGAGGGGUUUGGAUCUAGGAUGACUAGAUGUAAAUAAAUAAUGAUUUAGCAUUAACUUCAACAUCCUACUCUUACAGCUCCAUGUUCUUUACUUGCAAUGUAGCUUAUUUAUAAGGCACCAGAGCAGCUGUUUGGAAGGUAUCCUGGAGCAUUACAAUAUUGACACUUUGAUAUGUCUGUGUUCGUGAACACUCAGAGCUCAGUCCGUGUCAGCUGUGGCGAGCUUGGGCUCCUGCCUGCCACAGAUAAGGAACUGUUCCUUGCUGAUGCCUCUUAGGCAUUUUAUCUCUUUUAUUUCUGCCCCUCCUCCCUCCCCCCUCUGCCUUUUCUAUUGGUUUGAGGUUACUGGAACAUUUUUAUAGAAAAAAUAUUAAUGUGUUUGUGCUUAUGUAUGGUCUAGUGCACAAUGCCUUCUAAUUACCGCAGCUUCCGAAAAAGCGUGCCGUGGCUAAUCCUUUUUAUGGAAACUGUUUUAAUCAUCCUCUUUUAUUUUUUGUUCUCAGGUUACAAUGCGUCCAUCUCAGACAUUUCCUACACAGAUUUUCAAGAUGUCAACAACAUGGUAAUUUUUGGAUUUGGCUUUUUCCUGGCGUUUCUGAAAAGAUACAGCUUUAGCAGCACAGGAUUCAACCUCCUCAUUGUUGUACUUGGUGUCCAGUGCUCCAUUCUGAUGGAAGGUUUAUUAGUUCUCCUCCUUCAAGAAGCAAAGGAAAUUGGUCUGAAAAUCAUAACAACGGCUGCUCUGAGUAUGACUGCUGUGGUCAUCUCCAGUGGAGCAGUUCUUGGGAAAACUAAUCCUAUACAAUUAAUUGUGAUGACAGUGGUAGAGAUAAUAGUUUUCCAUGUGAGCAGAUGGAUCAACAAGCGAUUCCUGCAGGUUCCAGACAAUAUCAGCAUGAUGCACGUUCACCUGUUUGGAGCCUACUUUGGUCUGGCAGUCUCCUCAUGUUUCUCUGAGCCAUCACCAAGGUCUGAGAAGAAUGCAAAUACCCCAAAGUCGGAUAUAUUGUCAAUGUUGGGCACUCUCUUUCUUUGGAUAUUCUGGCCAAGCUUCAAUUCUGUACUAGCUGAUGUGGAGAAGACCAAAGCAAUCUACAACACCUACUUUGCACUUGCAGUGAGUGCUGUAACUGCCUUCACAUUGUCUGUUCUGACCACAAAGGAUGGAAAAUUCAGAAUGACUCAUGUCCACAGUGCAGCACUAGCGGGUGGGGUUACUGUUUGUUAUGCAGCAGAGAGUAUUGACUAUCCCUGGAUUGCAAUGAUUUUGGGUCUGCUUGCCAGUGUGAUAACCAUAUUAGGAUCCUUCUGUUUACAGAGCUGCUUGAAUCCUGCUCUCAAGAUUCACGAUGCAUCUGGAGUUCAUUUCACUUUUGGCUUGCCUGGUUUACUUGGAGCUGUUGCCCAGGUUGUUCUCUUAGUAAUAAAAAAAUUGACUGUUUUACCAAGCCUGGGUUAUGUGGUCAUGAUUUACAUCGGUGCCUUCUGCCUGACCAUCAGUAUUGCCUUGAUAACAGGUUUUAUUACAGGUUUAAUCUUAAACUUCAAACUGCUGAAGAUCAUCCCUGUAUCAAAGUAUUUUGAAGACCACUUUUACUGGGAGUUUCCCCAUUUGGCUGUUGGAUUUUGAACGGAUGAACCCACAUGAAAGAUCGACCAAGAGAAGGUCACUAGAUAAAAUGAGUAACUAUGAUGGGAUGAAAGAGCACUUGAUUAUCAAUUCUCAUGUUCAAAAAAGCCUUCCCACACAAAAGUUUGGUAACAAACUGGUCUAGUUAUUCUUGAAAGACUAGGCUAUAAAUUUACAGAUGCAAAAGUUAUUUACACAUUUAGCUUUUCUGCUUUAGUGGUAUUGCCUUAAAUAGUUCAUAGAAUGUGUACAAAGAAGUUUGCUGCCUUCAUCGCUGUAAUGGCUUAGUGAAAAUGCUUAGAGUUUUUUAGAAAGCUAUUUUUAACUCCCCAGUUUAAAAGCCAAAAUAUGUAUUUUAAUAUUAUGUGUACAGGGAGUACACUUACUCUGAUGUAGUGAAGUGUUGAAGUGCUUGUUUUUAAGCUAAAUUCUGCUAGAAGCCCUGUAAAGCAAGGAUUUAAUGACUGAGCUGGAUCUGGGCCAGAACUCUGCAUCUUGCCAGACUGAACUCUUGAGUUAUCUGACUGAAGAAAAAUCUACGCUUGCGUGGCUCAGGCUACCUCUGGAUGUUCAAGUGGCAAGAAAUGAAGUUGUUCUGCUUGUGGAUGGCAUCACUGAAAUCAACAGCAUCGUUACUCAUUACUUCAGGAACAAGCCUUAGAACACUAUUCUUGAGCAGUGACAGUCUGCACAUUGUUGGCUAUGCAAAAGGCUCUGGCUGCUGUAAAGGCAUGAAUGUCAGACAAAGAAUGAGGUAACAGUCCGUCCUUGGGUAUUCCAAUUUGUUUGGACAGGGCUGGUUAUGUGAUAAAUUUAACCAGAUUGGGCCUAAUUUUGUGCAACAAGCUUCAUGGUACCAAUGCUAAAACCCAUUUUCCAAAGUGUCUCACACUGAAUUUUGAUGUUUUCCUUUUCCAUAUUUUAACAAAGUGGUUUAUUUUUUUAAACAUUUAAAGGAACAUUGUAUAGAGCUUCUAACACUGUAGAUACAAGAAUUGGCACAUACUUUUUUUUUUUUUUUUUUGUACUGGAUAGAUGGUCAACUUGGAAAAAUAAAAGAUUUUAAAAUGUAUUGAUUUAAGAAUGCCAGUAAGAUGUUUUAAAGGCCUUACUUUUGAUUUGAAUGGAACACAGCACAUACCUGUUUGUAGAGGACUCCAGCUGAGACAAGCAGGGGCUUUGGUCCGUAAGCUACAGCCUCACUGUGCAGAAGAUUGUGUAAACAAACCCCUUUUUUAUGGAUUACGAUCCUGUGUUUCUUCAUUAUUUCCAAAUAGUUGAUAUGUAAGUUAUUACAUAAUUUAAAAAAAAAGUCAAGCUUUGAUUGUUUUUAUUUAUUCAGCACACUUGCUUAAAAAUGCAGUAACGAGGGGAAAAAUGCAACAUUGAAAACAAAGGGUAAGUUCUUUGUUCACUGUAGCAUUGUAUGCUGACCUCAACUCAUUCAUUAGAGAAUAAGCAAAGUAGAUCACUGCAAUUAAAGGAAGUGUGACAGGUUUCAAAGUUACUCAGAAAGGAAGUGCCAGUUUUUCUUAAUUCCAGUUCACAAGAUAGCCAGUUUUACCAACUGCAUGCAGCUUCCAUCAGCUUGAUACAUAUGCAUUUAUACACUUGCAUCAUCUCACAUUUAGUGCACUCCUGCCUUUGUAAUACUGCAGUCCAAGCUGAACUUGUACAUUCAGUAUCUUACUUUUCAGCAAUGAAACAUAACUUCUGCAACACAAAGUUAUUCUGAUGUUUUCUAGCAGAAGUAAUUUUAUGGAAUGGGAUUUUGUCCCUCCCUUUCCUCCACAUCUUUUUGCUCAGUGAUUUCUUGAGCAAGUAGCCAAAACGUAUGUAGAGAAAGGGAUAAAAUAGUUCUUCCUGUAUCUCAAUGUUCACGUGAGUAUGCUUACAGGAUCAUAAUUCUCCCUGGUAGUGACUGUCCCUGGUCUAACUCCCAGCUGAAGAGUAUUCUUCCCUCAUUUUUAUUGUUGUUAGGAAAUAGCUUACAGCAAGCUUUGUGGAUGAACUUACAGCUAGAGCAACUAUAUAAUUUGUACUUGUGCCUCUACAGUGUCAUCCACAGCAACAGUAAAUUAUUUACCAGUGACUCUCUCAGUAUCACCAUAGAAUAAAUGAAAUACUCCGGGGGGAAAAAAGUCUAAAGCAGCACCAUUCUACGUAAUAGAAGAAAAGCCAUGUACCAGUAAAUUUUGAAAUUGAGGAACUGUUUAUAUUGUCUGGACAUAGGAGAUAUUUAAUAAAUAUGUUAAAAAAUGUUUUAAAGCA